AUGCAGACCAGCAAGGCGCUCUCGCUCUCCCACCGCCUCGUCUCGCAGUCGUUCCGCGCCGCCCAGCCGGCCUCGGUCGGAUCGGUCGGGCUGCUCCUCCGCUCGUCGCCCGCCGCCUCGAACCUGGCGGUGCGCGCCAACCAGAUCGGCGCGGUGCGCACCGCCGUCUCGACGGCCAAGAUGUCGCAGGGCGAGAACCUCGAGCUGCUCAACAAGCACCGCGCCAGCCGCCCCAUCUCGCCCCACAUGACCAUCUACCAGCCCCAGCUCACCUGGAUCGGCUCCGUGGCUAACCGCAUCACCGGCGCCAGUCUCAGCGCUCUGAUGUACGGCUACGCCCUCGCCUACGUCGCCGCUCCGCACGUCGGCCUCGGCGAGCUCCUCACCUCGGGAUCCAUGGUCGACUUUGUCGCCCACCUCCCCUUCUGGCUCAAGCUCGGCCUCAAGGUCCCGCUCGCCGCCGCUUUCAACUACCACAACUUCAACGGCCUGCGCCACCUUGCCUGGGACUACGGCUACUGCCUCAACCUCAAGGGCGUCUACGCUUCCGGUUACGCCGUCAUUGCCGCCACCACCAUCUCGACCAUCGCGCUUUGCGCCAUCUGA